AUGCACAGUCCUGAGAAAAUACGACUUGGCAAACUCGGUGAUCCCGGGCCCAUCAAGCCAUGGGCAAAAGACAAUGUGACUGAUCAAGGCUACACCUUCGAAACGUAUGAGCUCAAAUUUACCGUUCCCAUCGACUAUACCCGUCCACGCAGCUUCGAUGCAAACAAACUGUCCUUGAGCUUCAAGCUAAUAACUGAAAUGAGGGUAAAAGGUGAUUAUACCCCGAAAACAGCGACUGAAAUCAUAGACGGUAUCAAGGACCAUCACCUAUUUGUCUUCCUCUGCGGUGGCCCUGGAGCAAACAAUCAGCCUCAUAGGAUUCCUCUUCUCAACAAGCACUUGUUACAGAAAGGCUACUGGAUCCUGUUCCCUGACUAUCGUGGCACUGGCGACAGUUCGACGGAGCUUAUGGAUGAUACCUCGUGGAUGAUGAAAAACAUUUGGCACUUCAGGCAGACUGACAUUGUCCGUGAUCUCGAAAGUUUUCGUCGUGCGUUGUUAGGAGAGAAAAGGAAAUGGACCACAUUCGGCCAAUCCUAUGGUGGAUGGAUCACCAUGUCCUACUUAUCUCGUUAUCCCGAGGGCCUUCAGGAAUGUUUCGUCACGUCCGGUAUGCCACCUAUUGGAUCCACCAUCAAGGAGCACUUCAGCAAUAUUUAUCACAGAAUCAUAAAGAAGAAUGAAGACUACUACACCAAGCACCAUAAUCACAAGGCAAUGGUCAAGGAUGUUGUUCGCCACCUGCUCGAGCUCGAGACAAAGGAAACAACCCAGACUCUCCGUGGUGAUGGAAGCGACCUACUUACGGCCAGAAGAUUUCUUGCUAUUGGUCGAUCGGUCUGGGGACGAAAGGUCCUACAAAAGGACUUAUCCAACCUCGUCGAGGAGCUCAAUAAAGAACUCAUGAAAAUCAAGGCCUUAGGCGACCAAACGAAUGGGCACUUCUCAGACAACCUUCUGGAAAACUUUCUGAAAUUGGACGGAUUUAGAUUUGGAGAGCGACCGCUAGCUGCGCUGCUAUACGAGGCAAUGUUCGUUCCGGAGCAAGAAAACGACAACACACAGAGGGCAUCUCAGUGGACCGCUUACGACAUGACACUGGACGAUGCGGAAAUCUCGAAACACUUCGGGUGGGUUGGGGAGGAUGCGGAAACCUUCGCAAAACGGCUCGAAAAUGAUGAUGCUCUCUACUUCGCCGGCGAAAUGAUUUACCCUUGCUGGUUUGAAGCAUACAAGGGGUUGAAUCGGUACCAUCCGGAUCUCAUGGAAGGUAUCCAAAACCACGUCUGGACAGAGCCGCUUUACGAUCCCGAGCGUUUGAGGCACAACGAGGUAAGCGUCACCGCAGUUGUAACCAGUGGAGAUGUCUAUGUGGAUUUUGAGCUCUCUAAGAAAGCGGCCGAGGGCAUUAAGAAUCUCAAACUUGUGACCGACGAGAACUGGGCCAAAAACAACCAGCUAGAACACGGCGAUCUUAACCACCAAACUGGCAAGAUCCUGAAGAUUUUGUUUUCUGGGGAGCCUGGCAUGAAGUAA